CCAAAGGUAAAACAACCACAACAACCUACCGCCAUAAUGACGACCGAAACUCCCAAGCCCAUUCACAGUCUAAUUCUCGACUCGGGUCCUAUUAUCAAGAACGAUCCUCACGUAUCUACAAUUCUAGGCCAGGCCGAAAACAUCUACACGAUCCCCGCAGUCAUUGACGAAAUCCGCGAUGCAGUCACCCGCGCCAGACUCGAGAGCACCCUGCUGCCCUUCCUCAAAUUACGAUCACCGAGACCUGCGAGCGUGAAGGUUAUUACUGAUUUUGCGCGUAAGACGGGUGAUUUGGAGGUGUUGAGUAGGCCGGAUAUCCAUCUUAUGGCGCUAGCCUAUGAGUUGGAAUGUGAGAGGAACAAUGGCGAUUGGAGGCUGCGCAGUGAUCCAAAUCAGAAGAAGAUUAAUGGAGAGCCGCCGAAACCUGUGGAGGAAAAUUUGACGGAAGAUAUUAAGGAGGAGACUGUGAAGUCAGUGGAAGCGCCAGCUCCUGCUCCGGAAACAAGAGGCGCGUGGGGAACGUCGGUACCAAGGACUCUUGGAGAGGAUGAGCAGCCAAAAACGAUAGAUGAAGUUCUCGAAAGCACACACAUUUCUACAUCGGAAUCACAGAACCCAGAAGAUACCCCUGCGGCCAUCCUUCCUACUGCAGACGAGCCAGCGUCAGUUGCGCAGUCAGAUACUCCAGUUCAGGUUACAGAGGACGUGCAAAUAUCAACCGAAGUCCAAGAAAUCCCGACCAAGCUCACAGAGGAAUCGCAAGCACCUGUAUCAGAAGCACAAUCAACGGAAAUUGUCCCCGAGUCAACGUCGUCAGAGAACGUCUUCGAAGUCGAAGAUGUAGCACGAUCAUCUGCGCCAGAUGCUCAAGCUCCAGAGCCUACACCCGAUUCAAUUGUCCCGGAGAGCCUCGUUGAAGAAGUUGAAGAAUCAGACUCUGAAGGAUCAGAUGGUGAAGGGUGGAUCACUCCUUCAAAUCUCAAGAAAGUUAUGGCGAAAUCCGAAAAUGGCGCCACCAAGAAGAAAACCGAAGCCGCGAUAAUGCAAGUAGCACUCAUCACAUCUGAUUUCGCCAUGCAGAACGUCCUCCUACGAAUGAACCUUAAUCUCCUCUCACCAACCCUGCAAAGAAUCAAGCAAUUGAAGACCUGGGUGUUGCGAUGCCACGCCUGUUUUGCUAUUACCAAGGACAUGACCAAACAAUUCUGUGGUCGAUGCGGAAAGCCAACGCUCAUGCGAACGUCAUGCACUACGGAUAAGGAUGGCAAAGUGAAAGUUCAUUUGAAGAAGAACAUGCAGUGGAACAAGAGAGGGGACGUUUACAGCAUACCAAAGCCUGUUGCAGGUACAUCCAAUGGGAAGCUUGUUCAGGGAGGAGGAAAGGGUGGAUGGGGUCAAGGUUUGAUCCUCGCAGAAGAUCAGAAGGAAUACAUCCAAGCUAUGACUGGGGCUCGGCGGAAGAAGGAGAAGGAUCUGAUGGACGAGGAUUUCCUCCCUGGACUCUUGUCCGGCGACAGAGGCCGUGCAGGUGGCAGAACAAAGGUUGGAGCAGGGAGGAACGUAAAUUCCAAGAAACGGCACUAGAUUUCGGGGUUUGGAUUUGGAUUUGGCGUGCAAAAACCAGGACGGAGGAGUCACGGCGUUGGGUCUCUGCACAUAGACGGAUUUGCAUAGCGAAAGUCCAUUUGG